AUCAGUAAAGUAGAUUAUAUUGAUAAUGCCAAUCGUUAGGUUAUGUAAUACCAAUCUAUCGAAUUUAAUUCAUAUUGUCAUUUACGCGUAGAAGAUUCGACUCGACGAAACGAUUUUACGUUUAUCCUGAAAACAUGGUUCGCGCAUGGUACAUGGACGACAGUGAUGCUGACCAAAGAUUGGAACACCGAAAGGAAUCAUCGGAUCUUUUGUCAAUGGCGGAUUUGUAUGCUAUUAGUGGUGUAGAAUAUUUUAAGGUGGAUCAUGAGCAUUAUUUAAAUGAUUCAACAUUGACAGAAUUGAAAAGAAAACGUGGAUAUACUUAUGAAGAUAAAAUAACAUGCUCCAAAGAAUGUCUCGAUAAUUACGAAGAAAAGUUAAAGAAUUUCUUUACUGAACAUCUCCAUACCGAAGAAGAAAUACGUUUGGUUCUGGAUGGAUCUGGUUAUUUUGACGUAAGAGAUAAAGAUGAUCAAUGGAUUCGUAUUGAAGUCAAACCAGGAGAUAUGAUCAUUAUUCCCAGUGGUAUAUAUCAUAGAUUUACUUUGGAUACUAAAGAUUAUAUACAAGCUGUAAGAUAUUUCAUAGGAAAACCUGUAUGGACACCUUAUAACAGACCAGCUGAUAAUAUGAAUUGUCGUCAACAAUAUCUUGAACAAUUAAAAAGCGGUUUCAAAUCCAAAUAAAAGUUUCAUAACACUAUGAUAUGCAAGUUAAUCGUGCAUUCCAAAAAAAAAAACAU